CGAGGAGAGGCCCGGACACACGCCCGAGAGCGGGCGGGCGCGCGCCAUGGAACAGCGGUUAGCCGAGUUCCGGGAGGCCCGCAAACGGGCCAGUCUGGUAGCCCAGCCCUCCACGUCCAGCCAGAGCGUGCAGACCUCAGAAGCGAAGGCGGAGCCAGCGGCGGCGACCCCAAAGACAGCCACGGGCUGGCUGACCCGCUUCCUGAAGUGGAAAGCGAGCCCCGCCGUCGCUCAGGCUCAGCCCAACCAGCCUCAGGAAGCAGGCCAGCAGCUCCCUGAGCGCGCAGCCGUCCCUCUAUCUUCCUCCAGCCGCCAUUCUUUCCUGACCAACAUCACCUUCUUGAAGGUUCUCCUCUGGUUGGUCCUGCUGGGCCUGUUUGUGGAACUGGAAUUUGGCCUGGCUUAUUUUGUCCUGUCCAUGUUCUAUUGGAUGUAUGUAGGGACUCGGGGUCCCGAAGAGAAGAAAGAAGGGGAGAAGAGCGCCUACUCUGUGUUCAACCCGGGCUGUGAAGCCAUCCAGGGCACCCUGACUGCUGAGCAGCUGGAGCAAGAGUUACAGCUCAGACCCCUACAGGGAGGUAGAACCAGCCCCAGCUCUUCCUCCUAUCCUUGAACAUGGACUUGAGAGGACAAAGGACAGCUUGCAGGGUGGUCACAUUCUCCACUUUCCCCCUGAUCUGCUGCAGUUUCAUCUUUGAACUCCACUUUGAUUUAGGUGGAUUUCUCUAAAGGACACUCAGGGUGGGGCUGGUGCUGUAUAUAAAAGCCAUAAAAGAA